CUGGAAAGCUGGAAAGCUGCCUCAUGGCCCAACACAACCUGCGCCCUCCUUCCUUGGAGGCAUAGACAAGAUGCAACCCACACCACGCUCCACCCCAACCCGGGGCGCAACUGACAUGGAACAAAAGAGGCGCAUAGCAAACAGGAUCCACUGCCGGGAAACGCGCGAGAGAAAAAGACGGGCUGAAGCGCUCCUGAAGGAGGAAGUCGAAAUCCUUUCCCUCUACAAGGCCUUGGUGGAGGAAGGCCCUGACCUCUUCUCUUGUCAUCGCGUCGAACCGGACGCCCCCUUCAGCUUCGCCUGCGAAAACUACUUUCAUCAGCUGCAGCUCGCUCCAGAGGAUGCCGUCGGGAAGCCUCUCGCAAGCAUCGUGGAUCCCGAAGACGCCCCAAUUCUGGCAGAGGCACUCAAUGAAGUCCUUGCCAACAAAACCAACAUCGGGGAUUCUGAACCGGGCAGUGGGAAGCUGGUGAAGCUCCGGGUAUCUUGCGGCAGCAUUUCCUGCAGCGCGAGUAUGUCUAUGGUGAUCGGUAGCCAGGGACUGGUCGUUGUCACUCGUCUCUACGGCAAUUAAUUAGUAAUCGGCUUUGGGCGGGAAAGGGGGAUGGGGGAUAUGAGCGGGAGAAGGUUUGGUGGAGGGAGCAAGAUGAAAACGUACUUACAUCAGUAUUUUGGAGGUGGGAUGUUGUUGUUGUUGUUGUUGACGCUAUCUGUUGUAGUUACUGUUGUUGUUGACGCCAUCUGUUGCAGUUACUGUUAGUCGUUGUUGUCAGGAUGUGUCAUGUUGUCAUAUUGUCGUCAUCGCAUGGAAAGUCGUUGAAGAGUUAUGUAUAAUCGAAUCCUAAACAAACAUAAAGAGUAAUGAGUCUCGAUGAUGGAACGUCGAGCGUAAGAAGGAGGGCACGAGUUAGCCGGGUUGUUCGUUUGGUAACAAUCGAGGUCGUGCGCCUUACACCUAACAAUGGAAUGCGUUCACGUUUUUUCCCGAAGGUUCUAUUUGCUGCAUAUGGCGAAUGGGGAGCGGGGGCGGGAGCGGGGUAGGGACAUCAGAAGACAAGGUUGAAGAGGGGGGCGGCGGUGAAAAACGUGGAGGGCAAAUAUUUUUGAUCAUGUUGGUUGUGUAAGUUUGUGUCAUUAUUGUGUUGUUAUCGUUUUGUCUUCACACUAUCAUAAGAGUCGUUCAGACUUCAUAAGAGUCGUUCAGACUUCUUGUCUAUCCAGUAACCCUGAAGAUCAAGACAGUAGUCUCGGUGGUGAGAUUUUAGUUUUUCUGUCAUUGGUUUGAGGGACGCGUACAUGAUUGUAGGAUCUUGUACAAUACUGUAGGUUUGUGGGUAGGAGAACAAUAUGUUUGGAACUGACAGUGGUACGCCUGCUGGAGAGAGUGGGAGGAGUCACUCACUU